AUGGGUGGGCAUUUUGUGCAGGGACAUGUGGAUGGGACUGGAGAGAUUGUGGGGACUGAGGUUGAGGGAGAUUCAUUGUGGGUUAAGGUUAGUACUGAUAAAGAGUUGUUGAAGUACAUUGUGCCAAAAGGGUUUAUUGCUGUGGAUGGGACUAGUUUGACUGUGGUGGAUGUGUUUGAUGAGGAUGUGUGUUUUAACUUUAUGCUGGUGGCGUAUACGCAGCAGAAGGUGGUGAUUCCUCUGAAGAAAGUCGGUCAGAAGGUGAAUUUGGAGGUGGAUAUACUUGGUAAAUAUGUGGAGAGGCUUCUUAGUAGUGGGUUUGUCAAUGCCAUCAAAUGUUUGGUUUUGAAUGAUGCAUCUUUUUUAUGUUUAUCAUCUGUAUCACUACCACCUUGCAGGGAGAUUAUGGCAUUUAUCUUACCUCGUUUGGACAUUAUAUGUGCAGUAUGUGGAAUUUCUCUCGUCUAUAACCUUCUAGAAUUUAGCAAACCAAUAAUCUGGACUCCUGCAAGGGAUUUUUGGUUUAUUAGUGAUUAUGUCAAGGGCCCAGAGUUGGGACCAUCAAUUAGGUUAUCCGUGGACAGAGUGUUGGAACAUGAAUUUGGUAGUUAG